CGCGGCCCCCGCCCUCCGCCCCGUCGGCACGCGGAGCUGCUCGCUUCCCUUCCUUCGCCCUUUUUUUAGCAGCCCCCGGCCCGGACGGGAAGUCGGUGUGUCACGCAGCGCCGAUAGCGGGAGGGCACUGCGACGCCGCGUCCUCACCGCGCUUCCUCCGGGAGGACGCGGAGCCGCCUCCCAGCCGGAGACAGCAGUGCUCAAAAAGGAAAGAAAAGGGGGGAAAAAAAUUCAGAAAACAACUUCUUUGCACUCCUCUGGAUAAGCCAAGUUCCUGCCCGUUAUAAUUAUCCCCAACCUUUAUUGUUCUGGGGGUAGAUAAAUAGGCGGCACUCGGCGCAGCUGCGGUGGGUGUUUCUCGCCCUGCUGGGUGUGCUGGGCUGCGGGAUUUGGGAUCCGAGGUCUGGGAGCUGGAAUUGGAGAUUUGGGAUCUCGGGUUUGGGAGCUGGGCUGCAGCCAUGCCCCUGGGCCAGGUGAAUUUCUCUGAGCUGGGUGCAGAGGAGCCAACUGCAGGCGAGGAGAGCCUGGCCGGGGUCAAGGCACUGACGGCCAAACUGAAGCUGCAGACCCGCCGCCCUUCCUACCUGGAGUGGGAGGCACGGGUGCGGGGGCAGCCCUGGGGCAGGCCGACCCCAUGGGGGGCAAAGGGAACCUCUGGGCAGCCCAGGGCUGAGCAGGACGGCAGCGUCUGUGGGUUCCCUGGUAUGGAGGAGGCUCUGGAGUGGCUCAGGACGGAGCUGCAGGAGCUGCAGGCUGCAGACCAACGCCUGGCACAGCAGCUGAUGCGCCUGCGGGCACAGCUGAACCGGCUGAAGGUGGAGCAGGUCUGCCACCGGCACAAGGAGAUGCUGGACGAUGCCACCUUCGGCCUCGAGGGCUGCGAGGAGGACUCGGAUCUGCUCUGCACCAUCCCACCCAAGGCCGCCUUCCUGCUCUCCAUGCCGCUCAAACACAUCGGUGUCACUCGCAUGAACAUCAACUCCCGGCGCUUCUCCCUCUGCUGACAGCAGCGGGGCCCUGCGGGCACCCAUGGGCGCACCUGGGGGUUGAGAGAGGCUCAAAGGUGCCCCAAAGUGCUGCAGGGACAUCGGCUCAGGGCUGAGCUCCCUCACGUUUGUGCCACGGGAAAUGUGCCAUCCCCGUGGAGCAGCUGUGUGUGGUGGGGGUCAGACACGGGAGGAUGUGGGGAGCAGCACUCGGAGGAGGAAUAAAAGCCGGCGAUGAUGAGAAGGA